AUGAUCUCUUCAAACGCCAAAAUAUACAAUGAAAUGAUAACCAACCCAUCAAUAGUCGAAUUCGAUUACUCUUUCAAUGAAUUAAGCGCCCUAUUGACUUUCCCACGCCCAAGUGGUGGAAUAGCCCUUAUCUUUGAUGCAUUGCUUCUAUUGUUCAGAUUCUUCAAAGAUUUGAUAUUAUAUCCAAGUUUCAUCAACAAAUUAUUCACCAAUCCAAAUGAUGAGUAUACUCAACAGAAUCAACCAACUAAAAUCAAACAUAUUGGAUAUUUGAUUAAAGAACUUUCACCAUCAGUUUUCACACAAAUCACAAAAUUGGUGGAGUUUUGCACUGAAUGUGAUAUACCAGUAUUAUCAAUCUCAUCUAAAUCAAAUGAGAUUAAUCAUAGUUUUUUAAAUGUGUUAAAGAUUUGUCUUGAACAAACAAAUCUUGAUCAUAAAGACUUCAGGAUUGAAAUACUUGAUUCCGUGAAUUUGGAAACAACAACUGCAACUAAUUGCCUUAGAGACAUUGAACCAACUUUAUAUUUGAUUUUGAAUGGGCCUUUAUUAGAGGUUGAUGUCAUGCUUACUCAAGAUUUAUCAAUGGCCAAAGAUGAAGCCAAUAUUGAAGGUCCUGAAAAUGUCAGGGUUAGAUUCCUUAAUGAAUUGACAAUGAAGAGGUUCUUAGAAGUUGUUCUUGGUGCACAUAAUUUGAAACCUCAUGAUAUUGAAAGAUUGAUUGCACAAUUGAAUGAACAUGAUGCUGAUGAAAGUGAUGAUUCAAGUUUAAGUUAA